AUGGAAUUAACUAAUCAAGAAGACAUGGUAAAUGAGCUAUAUAAUAGCAAUACUGAAGAUAAACUGGACGUUAGCAUUGAAAACGAAGAUGAGGAAAAUGAUGAGAAUGAUAGUGGAUGGAAUGAUAUGGAGAGUGAAAUUAAAGAACUUAACUUGGCAUGGAAAAAUGAUAGUCAAUUCGAAAAAACAAAACAGGGCCCGUAUAUGAAGAGCAAGACACCAAAGUCAACUUAUUAUGAUAAGUACAGGCCAACCGGUAUUUUUACUAAAGCAGCAGUUGGUACAAAAAAAAUUACUAGCUUUUUUACAAGUUCACAACCAUUAGACCCAAACAACUUAGAAGAAAUCUCUGAUGACUCAGAUAGUGAACCUAACUCAUAUACUUUUAUGAUAAAUAGAAAAGCAAAUGAUUUAAAAAAGCAGUUAGAACAAAACCAUAAUAAACUAAUGGUUAAAGAAUACAAUUACAAAAGAGCUAUUUUUGAAUACUUUAUUUUAUUAAGUAAAAAUAAUGGACAUGGAAAAAUUAAAGCUAGCUUGGAUGUUGCUCGUAAGGUCUUUAUUGAUGGUAAUGUGUGGAAAGCUCAAAAAAUUCGGUAUCUUAUGAAGUAUUGGUUACUUAACGAUAAGCUCCCACUAUCUAGACAUGGAAAACACCAAAAAACAAUUAAAAUAAUUGACGAUGAAGAUAUUGGAGACAAAUGUCAUAUUUGGAUUAGAAGCCAAAACUUUAAGGAUUUAUAA